AGCGGGAUGGUCGGCUACCGAAGCUGCAAUGUCGUCCCUGACGACCUCCAGUGAGGGAGAGAACUCCGCUCCCAGGUUUGUUGUCGGUUCUAGAGAUGAUGAGACUGAAUUUCUGGGAUCAAACAUGAAGACAGAUGAAACUGAUUUCUUUGAAGAUGAUGAAGAGGAGGAGUCGCCACCAGAACGGCAGAUCGUAGUAGGAAUCUGUGCCAUGACCAAAAAGUCCAAGUCAAAGCCCAUGACACAGAUUCUGGAACGUCUGUGCAAGUUUGAGUACAUCACAGUGGUGAUCAUGGGGGAAGAUGUUAUUCUGAAUGAACCAGUGGAGAACUGGCCCUCUUGUGACUGCUUGAUAUCCUUCCACUCCAAAGGAUUCCCCCUGGAUAAGGCAGUUGCUUAUGCCAAGCUGUGCAAGCCAUUUCUGAUCAACGACCUUGAUAUGCAGUAUUACAUCCAGGACAGGCGUGAAGUGUAUCGGAUCCUUCAAGAAGAGGGAAUAGACCUGCCCCGCUAUGCUGUGCUCAAUAGAGAUCCUGACAGACCAGAAGAGUGCAACUUGGUGGAAGGAGAGGACCAUGUGGAGGUAAAUGGAGCUGUUUUCCCAAAGCCAUUUGUCGAGAAGCCAGUCAGUGCUGAAGACCACAAUGUGUAUAUUUACUACCCCACGUCGGCAGGUGGGGGCAGCCAGCGGCUCUUCCGUAAGAUUGGCAGCCGGAGCAGUGUAUACUCCCCAGAGAGCAGUGUGAGGAAGACAGGCUCCUACAUUUAUGAGGAGUUCAUGCCUACAGAUGGCACUGAUGUAAAGGUGUACACUGUUGGGCCAGACUAUGCCCAUGCAGAGGCUCGUAAAUCCCCUGCUUUGGACGGGAAGGUGGAAAGGGACAGUGAAGGGAAGGAAAUUCGAUACCCAGUCAUGCUGACUGCCAUGGAGAAGCUCGUUGCCCGUAAAGUCUGUGUAGCCUUUAAGCAAACCGUGUGUGGGUUUGACCUCCUGCGGGCUAAUGGCCACUCUUUUGUUUGUGAUGUGAACGGCUUCAGCUUUGUGAAGAACUCCAUGAAGUAUUAUGAUGACUGUGCCAAAAUCCUUGGAAAUAUAAUCAUGAGGGAGUUGGCUCCCCAGUUUCACAUUCCCUGGUCCAUCCCAACAGAGGCAGAAGACAUCCCCAUUGUCCCCACAACUUCAGGAACCAUGAUGGAGCUUCGCUGUGUUAUUGCAGUCAUCCGUCAUGGAGAUCGCACCCCAAAGCAGAAGAUGAAGAUGGAAGUGAAACAUCCCCGGUUCUUUGAAUUAUUUGAGAAAUAUGAUGGUUACAAGACAGGGAAGUUGAAGCUGAAGAAACCAGAGCAGCUACAGGAAGUGCUGGACAUUGCACGGCAGCUUGUGGUGGAGCUGGGAACCCACAGUGAUUGUGAAAUCGAGGAGAGGAAAUCCAAACUGGAACAGCUGAAGAGUGUCUUGGAGAUGUAUGGACAUUUUUCUGGCAUUAACCGUAAGGUUCAGUUGACCUAUCUGCCUCAUGGCCAUCCAAAAGCUGCGAGUGAAGAUGAAGAAGCUCGCCGAGAGUCCUCCCCCUCCCUUCUCCUGGUGCUUAAGUGGGGUGGAGAGCUGACCCCAGCAGGAAGAGUCCAGGCUGAGGAGCUGGGGCGGGCCUUUCGCUGCAUGUAUCCUGGAGGCCAAGGUGAUUAUGCUGGUUUCCCUGGCUGUGGCUUGCUCAGGCUGCACAGCACUUACCGCCAUGAUCUCAAGAUCUACGCCUCAGACGAGGGGAGAGUUCAGAUGACUGCAGCAGCUUUUGCAAAGGGUCUGCUGGCCCUGGAAGGAGAACUGACCCCCAUCCUGGUGCAGAUGGUGAAAAGUGCCAACAUGAAUGGUCUGCUGGACAGUGACAGUGAUUCCCUUAGCAGCUGUCAGCACAGAGUGAAGGCGCGAUUGCAUGAAAUCAUGCAGAAGGAUGCUGAGUUCUGUGAAGAGGAUUAUGAAAAGCUAGCACCUACAGGCAGUGCUUCUCUACUCAACUCCAUGACCUUUAUCCAGAACCCAGUUGAGGUCUGUAACCAGGUGUUCACCCUAAUUGAGAAUCUCACCUCACAGAUACGAAAACGUCUGGAAGACCCAAAAUCUGCAGACCUGCAGCUGUACCACAGUGAGACUUUGGAACUGAUGCUGCAACGCUGGAGUAAGCUGGAGCGAGAUUUCCGCAUGAAGAAUGGGCGCUAUGACAUCAGCAAGAUCCCUGAUAUAUAUGACUGCAUCAAGUAUGAUGUACAGCACAACUGUGCCCUGAAGCUGGAAGGCACAACUGAACUCUUCAAGCUCUCCAAAGCCCUGGCAGAUGUGAUCAUACCCCAGGAAUAUGGGAUUAAUAAGGAGGAGAAACUGGAGAUUGCUAUUGGCUUUUGUCUUCCUCUCAUUAAAAAGAUCCAGCUGGACCUACAGAGAACUCAUGAAGAUGAGUCUGUCAACAAACUGCAUCCAUUGUACUCAAGAGGAGUUCUGUCACCAGGUCGCCAUGUUCGAACACGGUUGUACUUCACCAGUGAGAGCCAUGUGCACUCCCUGCUCAGUAUCUUCCGCUAUGGGGGGUUACUGGAUGAAAACAAAGACCAGCAGUGGAAGAGAGCCAUGGACUAUUUGAGUGCUAUCUCAGAGCUGAACUACAUGACCCAGAUUGUUAUCAUGCUCUACGAGGACAACAACAAGGACCCCUCUUCAGAGGAGCGUUUCCACGUGGAGCUGCAUUUCAGCCCCGGUGUCAAAGGCUGUGAGGAGGACAGGAACAUACCCACGGGGUUUGGCUUCCGGCCAGCCUCAGCAGAGAACGAGGACAAGAAGGCAGACCAAGGCAGCCUGGAGGACCUCUCGAGCGAGAAGGGCAGCGAUGAGCCAGACCGUGCUCAGCAGAAGUCCCCACAGCCCUCUGAGCCAGUCAGCAUCCAGCGAAGGUCACCACUGGUCAGGAGCCGGAAGACAGGAUCCAUGGAGGUGCUGUCUGAGUCUUCUUCUAAAUCAGGAGGUUAUCGCCUCUUCAGCACUUAUUCGAGGCAGUCUUCUGAGAUGAAGCAAAGUGGAUUAGGGUCACAGUGCACCGGGCUGUUUAGCACCACUGUGCUGGGAGGCUCCUCCAGUGCCCCCAACCUCCAGGACUACGCACGCAGCCAUGGCAAAAAGUUUGCCAGCAGCCUGACAUACAAAGACGAGCUCUUGUCUAUGCCAGCCGUAAAACGAUUUUCUGUGUCGUUUGCAAAGCAUCCGACUAAUGAUGUGUUGGAGCACCAGCACGUUGCCCAGUUGCUACGCCGUUUUUCCUCUGACUGUGCCACGAGCCGGACCAUCUGCUUGGAUGCCACCCUAGCCCAUCACCUGCAGCAGUGCUCCUACCACCUGCGCCUCUUCAGGAGCUGGCUGAUCUCAGGGCAGGAUGACUUGGAGUGUCUUUACGGUUUUGAAGGCUGUUCCAUGGUUCCCACCAUUUAUCCCCUGGAGACCCUGCACAACUCCCUGUCUUUGCGGCAGGUGAACGAGUUCCUGACAGCCGUGUGCAGGAGUUGCAGCGAAUCACAUGUCCAGUCCACCGCAGCUUUGUUUGAUUCAAUGAUUGGUAGCCAGAUACCAGGAGACCCCUUUAUGUCCCAGCGAAUCCUGUCAUCAUCAUCCUUGCCAUUGCGCCAGCGCUCGGAUAAGCCCCCUUGGUACAGCAGUGGCCCCUCCAGUACCGUCUCCAGUGCAGGCCCAUCCUCCCCAACUUCUGUGGACAACUGUGCUCGUUUCAGCUUCAAUGAGAAACUUUCCAUCAGCCCCCCAAAAAGUGAGGAGCAGCUGACUAGCCAGUCCCCUGAGCAGGAGAGUCGAGCUCCAGGCAGAGGGCUCGAUGUGCAGGGGAGCAUGUCUGGGAUGCCAGUAGCAGAGCCAAGUGCCCCAGAGACCCUGGUCUGGAAUAAGGGCCCAGAGCCAGGCAGGAUCCUGGAGCUGUGCAAAAAGGAGCUGGCAGGGGAGGAUGCUAACCCAGAAGAGAACAGCAUGGGGGAGCUGGAUGAAGAAAAAGCAUCUGGGGAAAUGUUCGAGCCAAGUAACAGAGGAAACCCAAAGCGUGGGGAAGGGUUUGACCUGAGGCUGGAUGGGGAGUCAGCAAAGACAGGUGAGGGGUCUAUCAGGGCAAUGACUGGCCUGGAUCAGUUGGGGCUGUCCAAGGAGAUCCUGGUGCCCUGUGAAGAGGAGCUGCUGGGAGAGGUGUUGGAUGCAGAGCAUACAGGCAAGGCGCUGCUGGGGGACAGUGCUCUGUCAGACCAGCUUCUCUCUGGACACCUGUGCCAGGUGCAACCACUGCCUCCUGAGAAGAAUGUGGAGGAACUGCAGCUGCUGUGUCAGAAGGAUCAGCAAAAUUAGUGGCUUACUGGACAGCACACUGCAAGCACUUCUAGCUGAAAGCAGCCCAAUUUCCUGCAUGGCACCUCACACAGCUGGUGGUCCAUGGCAAAGAAGAAGCCACGUCCCAGGGCCACAGGACUCUGUGGUGUGGAAGAGACUGCUUUUCUCCCCCACAAGUCAGCUCUUGGCCAUUCAGCAAGAAUGUUUGCCUCAUUAAAUGAACAGCAAUGCAGUCUUGGUACUGCCAUGGCACCUCCAUGGAGCAGGGACAUGGUCCUGCGCUGAUGUCCCACGGGCUUUGUGCUCACUGGGACAGCAGCAUUAGAGGAUUGGUACAGCCAAGGCUUUUAGGGUGGUAAGUCCAAAGGGGACAGGUCCUCCCUUGUGACUUCUUGGCCCACAGCCUUCAGACAAAGGCGUUCUGGGCCCAAAUUAAUCAGAUCCAUCACAACCACCAACCUCCUCUCUGUUACUUCCUUCCUCUCUCAAUUCCCACUGCUGGCCACCAAAAUCAGGUCCAGAGAGUCCAUGGCAGGAAAACUCGCAGGAGCAGAAAGCAUUCUGAAUUGAGUGUGGAAGAGUAGUGAGGUCAUCAGGUUUGACUGCCACUUGCAAGGAAACAUCCCUUUGGCGUGGCGUUGGAUGUUUCCCUGCUGGGCUGGGGCAGGCGGAAGCCUGGGGAUCCAGCCUGAGAGAGGUGUGCAGGGAGAUCACAUAGUUUGGUUUUUUUCUUGUCCCCAAGGAUCUGGCAGGGUACAGCUCUGAAGUCUUGGUGACAGAUUGAAAGAAACUGCUAUUUUGACAAUUCAGGACUAUUAGAAACCAAGGAGAAAUCUUUAUUAUGUGUAAAAUGAAAAGUAUUUAAUGGAUAUUUAUGUAAAUGCCUUGUGAGCACAAGCCUGAGGGCAAGAUUGAUACGGGUGUCCCUGCCGCAUCCUGAGUGCUGGCCAGGGCUGUGCUUCCUACUCCUGUAUUUAUGGACAAGUCUGCGUGUCUGUCUGUAGCUAGGGUCUGUGUUUUUGUGAAGCUGUGCCCAAAGAUCUCUAUGCUGUGU